UUUUUAGACAUAUUUUAUGAACAUUAUUUUUGCAAAUUCUUUGUGUUGAUAUUCUUAGGACGUGGUUGGGUGAAUGUGGAAUUAACAAAUUUUGAGACUUCUCAACAGAAUAUAUGUGUUGAAAUGAACUAUUUUGGAAAGCAUAGUAUUCGGAGGUGUCUAUUUGUGCAUUUAUGCUUGCCGUUUUUUUAUUGCAUAUCAUCACCAUUUCAGAACCCUGAUUCAUGCUCAGUUUCUUUCAUAAUAUGGUUAUCAUUUAGUUUCUUAGGUUUUGUUUGUUGUUUUAAAUAUUUGACAGAUGACUGACUGUAGGAAAAAAACAUUUUAAUUGUGGGUUUUUUGUUACAACUAUGUAUAAAUUGGACUGAGAUUUUAAUCCUCCUUUUCACAUGCAGUACUUACUUGGAAUGAGCUGCUUGCAGCUUACCUCUGGUAGUGAACCAAAGCUUUGAUACCAAAUGUAGCUGUCUUUAGAAAAUUGGUUCCCUUGAGGUGUUUCCUCUUGGUUUCUUAUUUUUGGAUUAUGGUGUUGCCCAUUCUGCAUUGCUGAAUGUUGUGAUCCUGAGAAUGGAAUAACAUGAAGAAACCAGAGAACCAUAAAACUUAUUCAAGUAGAGAUGCCUUGCCUGGAAGCCAACUUUGGAUUGAUGGGCUUAUCUGUGCUUUUGAAUUUAUUCGAGGCUCAAAAAGCUCUGUUCAAUCAAAAUCUGGUUCUAGAAUCCCACAUAGACAACAGGCUGAUGACCGUCAUUCAAGGUUACGUGUGCCUUCAACUGGAUUUGCUGAGCGAUCAUCUCCGAGACUGGAUAAGAAUAAAGUGUCUGAGAACUCAUCUAUAACUGAACUCAGGGAUAGGGUCAAUGAUACUAUUCCUUUUGAUGACAACAAAGAUAGCCAGGUCCAUCAAUCAACCCAGCUUCAAAGCGUUGAAAAUUUUGAAGGUAGCCAUUGGAUACCAAUUGGGUGGGCCAGGAUAUAUGAACUUGUCCAUAAUGUGCAAGUUGAUUCUAGUUGGGAAGCUCAGCAGCUUGAGUGUGUGGAUGAUGAGGAUGACUUAACUGUUGCAGAUUUAGCUGCUCCUUAUUGGGAGCGUCCAGCAGGUCCCAUAUGGUGGUGCCAUUUGUCUGCAGGUCACCCCUCUGUUGAGGCAUGGCUUAGCACUGCUCAGUGGUUGCAUCCUGCUGUUAGUUUGGCUUUAAGAAAUGAAAGCCGACUGAUAAGCGAGCGGAUGAAACACUUACUUUAUGAGGUCCCAGUUAGAGCUUCUGGAGGGCUGCUAUUUGAGCUUUUGGGUCAGUCAGCUGGUGAUCCAUUUGUUGAAGAAGAUGACAUCCCCAUUGUACUUAGAUCCUGGCAAGCACAGAACUUCUUAGUAACUGUAUUGCAUGUAAAAGGCACUGUGUCAAGCAUAAACGUUUUGGGCAUUGCAGAAGUUCAGGAACUUCUUUCUGCUGGAGGUUAUAAUGCACCAAGAACAAUUCAUGAAGUCAUAGCACAUCUAGCUUGCCGUCUCACUCGAUGGGAUGAUAGGUUAUUCCGCAAAUCCAUAUUUGGGGCGGCAGAUGAGAUUGAAUUGAAAUUUAUGAACAGGAGAAACCAUGAGGAUAUGAAUCUUUUUAGCGUAAUUCUGAACCAGGAAAUCAGAAAGUUAUCAAGACAGGUUAUAAGAGUGAAAUGGUCUCUUCAUGCCAGAGAAGAGAUUGUAUUUGAGCUUCUCCAACUUUUAAGAGGAAAUACAGCAAGACUCUUACUAGAGGGAAUAAGAAAAAGUACCAGGGAAAUGAUAGAGGAGCAAGAAGCUGUUCGUGGCCGCUUGUUUACCAUUCAAGAUGUAAUGCAGAGUACCGUCCGGGCGUGGUUGCAGGACAGAAGUCUUAGGGUAACACAUAACCUGGCUGUCUUUGGAGGCUGUGGCUUGGUUCUCUCAAUCAUAACAGGGCUUUUUGGAAUCAAUGUUGAUGGAAUCCCUGGGGCAGAGAAUACACCAUAUGCAUUUGGUCUAUUUUCAGCUGUCCUUUUCUGCAUAGGAGUCAUACUAAUCGUACUUGGAUUGCUUUAUCUUGGUUUGAAAAGGCCUAUCACUGAAGAGCAGGUUGAAGUCAGGAAGUUUGAGCUGCAAGAGUUGGUUAAGAUGUUUCAGCAUGAGGCAGAAACUCAUGCCCAGGUUCGUAAAAAUGUUUCUCGGAAUAACUUGCCCCCAACUGCGGGCGAUAUGAUCCCAGAUGAUGCAGAUUAUGUUCUCAUCCAAUGAAAAUAUGUUAUGAUCAUUCAAUUGAUUGGUCUUUAUUUAUGACUUCCUGUUGGGAGGUGAGGUCUGAAAGAAAAAUGACUUGGUUCUAGAAACUUAUAUCUGGAAAAUUGAAGGCAAGAAGUGACAAUAGGAGAAGAUUAUGGCUGCAUUAUGGAAUUCCACUCUAUUAGAUGAGAGAGUAGUAAGAACAAUCUACAACUGGCAUCUUAAUUUUAGGAUUGGUUUUACCAUCGUAAAAAUGUUUCUCGGAAUAAGUUGCCCCUAACUGCUGGCGAUAUGAUCCCAGAAGAUGCAGAUUAUGUUCUCAUCGAAUGAAAAUAUGUUAUAAUCAUUCAAGUGAUUGGUCUUUAUUUA